GUAUGAGAUCAUCAGCUUUGCUGACACAGCUUCUUGAAGAAACUGGGGCGUAAGAAGAAAGGCUAGGAUGAAGUCUACCUUCGUGAGUUCAAGGUGGAGGGGCCGUGGCCGUCCCAGUUAUUCAGUGAGGAAGUGUGGUAAGGAGGGCUGGGAUUGGAACUCAUCUUGCUUUGCUCUUCCAAGUCUUUAAACCUUCCAUUUCCUGCCCCUUUACACAGAGGCCUCACACCACUUCUAGGAUGCUCCGGAUUUAGGUAACUCUCACAGUCCCCUUAAAGAGACCCAGCAGCUGGGUAUGCCCUCCCAAGUCCCAUGCCCUUCUGCCAGCCUUGAUGGACUCUGCCCUGCUGUAAGAUUGCGUCACCACCACCCCUACCUCUCUGGGUUUCCCCAGACAUCGAAGUAACGUGCCCCCCACCCCCACCAUGCUCCAGCCCUCCUCCACGUUGUGCUCCAGUCCAACUGGACUCUGGGCAGCCAGCAUAGGCAGGGUCAGGAGGUGACUUCCGUGCCCUGUGGCACUGCCACCUUGGCCUGGGCAGGAGGACUCCAUUCCUUUCCCCCCCGUCCCAGCCCUAUUGCUAGGAAUAGAGAGACCAGAGUUCUCCUUCCAGAGACCCUGGAGAAGGAACCAGUGGAACGCACAGCUGCCUCAUCAGAACUGCUGCACCAGAGGUGUCUGGGACCAUCCACCUACUGCCUUCCUGAGUCUCAAGCGAUAGAAGACAAGUGACUCUACCCUUGGCCGAGGGUAGGUGUGACACUGCGGUCUGCUGCUGCCGGGCCCUCAUUGGCUUCCACGCAAUCAGAUCAACAGAAGGAGCAACUGCCAUCCGAGGCUCCCGACCCAGCCCAGGGCCGUUCACCAGGAGCAUGGGGCUCCCUGAUGUCCAGCCCCAGCUGGUGCUGCUGUGGGCGCUGGUGUGGGCACAGGGGGCAGGGUCUGUAUGUCCUUCUUGCGGAGGCCCCACGCCGGCGCCCCAAGCAGAACGAGCUCUGGUCCUGGAGCUAGCCAAGCAGCAGAUCUUGGAGGGGCUGCACCUGACCAGUCGUCCCAGAAUAACUCACCCUCCACCCCAGGCAGCGCUGGCCAGAGCGCUGCGGAGACUACAGCCGGCAAGUGUGGCUCCGGCGGGUGGGGAGGAGGUCAUCAGCUUUGCUACCAUCACAGAUUCCCCCACAUCAGCCUGCAGCUCCGUGCUCGCCUUCCACCUGUCCGCGGCUCAGUCCCACCGCCUGGACCAUGCCCGCCUCUGGCUGCACGUGCUCCCCACCCUUCCUGGCACUCUUCACUUGAGGAUCUUCCGACGGAGCCCCAGGCGCAGGCACCAAGGGUCGAGCACCCUCCUGGCCGAGCACCAGAUGACAGUCCCGGGCUGGCACGCCCUCACUCUGCCCUCUAGUGGCUUGAGGGCUGAGGAGUCCACUGUCCUGAAACUCCAGCUGAACUGCAGACUCCUGGAAGGCAACAGCACCUGUGCCCAGCAGCCUCUGCAGCUCCUGGACACAGCAGGAGACCAGCGGCCCUUCCUGGAGCUGAAGAUCCUGCCCAAUGAGCCUGGAGCAGGCCGGGCCAGGAGGAGGACCCCCACCUGUGAGCCCGAGACCCCCUUAUGCUGCAGGCGAGACCAUUACGUAGACUUCCAGGAACUGGGAUGGCGGGACUGGAUCCUGCAGCCCGAGGGGUACCAGCUAAAUUACUGCAGCGGACAGUGCCCCCCCCACCUGGCUGGGAGCCCUGGCAUUGCUGCCUCCUUCCACUCGGCCGUCUUCAGCCUCCUCAAGGCCAACAACCCUUGGCCCUUGGGUACUUCCUGCUGUGUCCCUACUGCCCGAAGGCCUCUGUCUCUCCUCUACCUGGACCGGGAUGGCAAUGUGGUCAAGACGGAUGUGCCAGAUAUGGUGGUGGAGGCCUGUGGCUGCAGCUAGCGAGAGGACCUGGGGAUUUGGAGUAAAGAGAUCAGUUGGGGGCUCCCAGGCAAAGGGCAUCUGUGGCGGGAGACAUUAGAUUUCUGAUCCACACCCCCACCUAAUGGGUGGGGUGGCAGUAUGACCGGGGUGACCCCUAGGGAACACACAUGGGCACUCGUUCGUCCAGACACUUGCCUAUUCCAGGCUGGUUGAUGUGUGGGGAGAUGGGGAAAGUGUGUUCUCUAAAGGAGUCUCCCCAGAAAGCUUGAUUUCCUACCCUAAGCCCUCUGAGAAGGUGGCGGAGGUGAGGGAGGGGUGGAGGGAGGGAAGGAGAAGGCAGAGAAAAAUUCCUUAGUCUCUCCCAAGAAAAGAAAGUCCUCAAGUGAGGGAAGCAGGCUUGGGACAGGGGAACCAGGCUGGCCAAGGGUAGGAACUGUGGAAGAGCUUUAAGGCAGGGUCAAGAAGGAGAUGGGCAAGGGGUUAAGAGGAAGUGGUUAGGAGAGCCCCAGAAAUGGGACCCAGGAGAGAGGGGUGCUGAGCCUAAGAAGUUCCCUGGUGUUUCCCAGUUUGGGGGACAGGACCCACCGGGGAGACAAAUGUUUAUACUUUCCUAAUAAAAAUGAGGGGAAAAAUCAACAAGUAUGAGUCAUAAAGAAGGGCUGGGGUGAUAGUCCAGAGGGAUAGUUUUCAAGGUGAGGUCUGGGGACCCCUGGGAGGUCCCUGAGACCCUUACAGGAGUGUUCACAAGGUCAAAACUGUUUUUAUAAUAAUAUUAAGAUGGUAUUUGCCUUUUUUUAUUUUCAUUAUCUCAAAAGUAUACAGUGGAGUUUUCCAGAGGCUGUGUGGCAUGUGAUUACAUCAUCUUUCUGACAUCAUUGUUAAUGAGAUAUGUGCUUGUGUAUUCUUGUGUUACAAACUUUUUUCAGUUUUAAUUGCUAAUAUAGUAAAUUGAUAUGAACCACAUAAACAAAAAUUCAAUAGAUUUUAAGAGCGUAAAGGUGGGGCGCCUGGGUGGCUCAGUGGGUAAGGCAUACAACUCUUAAUCUCAGGGUUGUGAGUUCAAGCCCCACAUUGGGCAGG